AACAUAUGAUUUUGCUGAAAACAAUAGAAAAGGAGGGAAAAUCUAGAAUUGCUUGUAAUUUGUUUGUUUUGCUGUUAAAACCCAAACCAAACCCAAAAUGGGUGGCGGAGAUCUAAAUCUGAAGAAAUCAUGGCAUCCGCACACGAUGAAAAACCAGGAGCGCGUUUGGAAGGCGGAGGAGCAAGCGAAGAUGGAGGAGCGCAAGCUGCAGGAUCUGCGCAAGGAGAUCAACGAGGAGCGGGACAGGGAGGAGCUGAGGCGGUUGGGCGAAAGUUCCGGUGUGCUGAGCAAUAAUGGCGGAGCCGCUGGCGAGGCCAAACUGGAGUGGAUGUACAAAAACAGCACAGAGCUGAUCAACCGCGAGGAGUACCUCUUGGGCCGGAAGAUCGACAAAUCCUUUGAGACCCUGCAAGCGGAGGAGAGCCGCAAGGAGCAGAACACAGUGGGUCUCAAGCAGACGAUCAACCAUGUGGAGCACGACUGUGUGCCCUUCUCUAUCCGGACCUACCGCAAUGUGCAGUCGAACGAACAGGUGGACAUACAGCGCAAGACCCUCGAGGAUCCCCUGAUGCUCAUCAAGCAGCGCGAGAUGGAAUCCCGUCGAAAGCUGCUUGAGAACCCCGUCAAGCUGAAGGAAAUCCAUCGCAUUCUCAAGACUGAACAGGAACAAAAGACCGCCCAGGGAAAGAAGAAGAACAAGAAGAGCAAAAAGUCCAAGAAAUCCAAAAAGAAGAAGAAGAACAGACGAUCCAGCGAUGAUGAGAGUAGUGACAGCGAGAGCAAUGAUAGCGACGAUGACUUGGACAGAAAAUUGGCCCGCCAAGUGAGCAAACUCAAGGGAGACCAAGGUGACCUUAAACUGGACAAGCUGCUGGACGCCAAGUACCGCACCAUUUCGAAUCAAUUAGACAUGGCCACCAAGAAGAAAAAGAGCAAGAAAUCUAAGAAGAAGAAAAGCAGCGAUAGCAGUGAUGAAAGUAGUGACGAAGAAGAAAAGCCAAGAAGGCAAAGGUCUAGGGAACCACAGCCAAGGAGAAAGCACAAGAGAAGCCACAGCUCAGAGGACAGAAAUCACAGGGAAAGAUGCAGGAGCAGAAGCCCGCGGGACAGAAAAAAGCGACAUAGUAGAAGUCCCGAACAAAGGAGGAGGCAAUGGAGUCCAGAAGAGAGAAGGGAAAGGCGGAGAAGCAGGAGCAGAAGUCCCUUAGCGAGAAGAACCAGGAGCCCCGAGGACAGAAAAGCAAGACAUCAAAGCAAAGACACUUCAAAGCAUCGCGAGAAACGCAGUAGUAGGACGCCCGAAGAGCGCUCCAGAUCGAAACGCAGCAGGAGCCGAAGUUUCAAAAGAGAUGUCAAUCGAAGGAUUACUGAAAGACCGCCUCCCAGCCGUCCCACCGGCAAGCCAAAGUUAAGCGAAGCCGACCGAGAAGCCCGUCUGCGCGAAAUGAUGGACAACGCCACUUGGAGGGAAGCGGAUCGCAGCCAGGUGGUUCGCAAGCACCGAGAAGCCUACGCGCGCGAGGAGGCCCAAAACCGCGAACGUGACUUCGACAAGGAGUUCAUUAACAAGGAGGUAAAGAAGGCCAUUGCCAACCACAACUCCAUUGGCGAUCGCAUCCGGGCCAAUCUCAACAACAUACAGCGCACCGCCUCCUCAAUGGAUAGCAACUUUGCCCGCAAAUAAACUAGGAUUCCUUUAUUUCGUAUGCAUUAUAUGGUUCCGCAACAAAUAGAUUCAACACUUUAA